UGUGGCCUUAUUUAUCUGGAACAACCUAGUAGUGAGAUUUCUGCUGAACUCAGUUCUGUAUUAGUCUUAAAAAAUUACUGGAUUACUUUUUUGCUGGCAAAAGGUAAAGUGUUACAAGUGGAAGAUGACCUGGUAAUUUCUUUCCAGUUGUUGCUGUGUGUCUUAGAUUAUUUUAUCAAACUGUCACCUCCUGCUAUGCUCAAGGAACCAUACAAGUCUGCUGUGACUGCAGUGACUGUUAAUGGUUCAGCUCAAACUCCAAGAAGAGGUCAGAACAGGAGUACACGUACUUCAAAGCCAAUUGAUACCGAUACAAAAGUUAUUGAAGUCCUUUGUAAGGAGCAUGAUUGUAAUUUAGAUGAGGUCAAAAAUGUGUAUUUUACAAGCUUUAUUCCUUUCUUGAAUUCUGUUGGUAUUGUAGCUUCAAAUGGACUACCAGAGGUUGAGGUUCUCUCGAAACAGUAUGAUGAACUCUAUAUCAAAAACAAAGACAUAGACGCAAGAUUAUUUCUGGAUCAUGAUGAAACUCUACAGCCUGAUGUCAUAGCAUGCUCGCAGUUGGAGAGGACACCACUGAAAAACAAUCCAGAUGAGGAACUUAUACUUCCACAGACUCCUGUUCGAGCUGCAAUGAAUAACAUUCAGCAAUUGAUUAUGAUUUUAAACUCAGCACCUGAUAAACCAUCAGAUACUCUCAUCAGGUAUUUCAAUAACUGCACAGUGAACCCUAAGGAUAGUAUCCUGAAAAGAGUGGAAAGUCUUGGCCACAUCUUCAAAAAGAAAUUUGCUGAAGCAGUUGGACAGGGAUGUGCUGAAAUUGGCUCACAGAGAUACAAACUUGGAGUACGUCUGUAUUACAGAGUAAUGGAGUCUAUGCUAAAAUCGGAGGAAGAACGCCUCUCAGUGCAGAAUUUCAGCAAACUUCUGAAUGAUAACAUCUUCCACACAUCUCUUCUGGCAUGCGCUGUUGAGGUUGUCAUGGCUACGUAUGGCAGAAAUGCUUCACAAACUGAUGGCACUAGUGCUGAAACAGACUUGUCUUUCCCUUGGAUUCUCAGUGUAUUUGAUUUAAAAGCUUUUGACUUCUACAAGGUGAUUGAAAGCUUUAUUAAAGCGGAGACAAGCCUAACAAGGGAAAUGAUAAAGCAUCUAGAACGCUGUGAGCAUCAAAUUAUGGAGUCUCUUGCUUGGCAAUCUCAAAGGAGAUUACAAGAGCAGAACAAGAUCAGUUUUGACAUGUCUUCAGGUUUUGAAAAAAAGGAAUAUAUCAGAGGAAGAAGUCAGCAUAGUUCUGCUGAUUUACGUGAUUGCUGUGGGCUUGUACUCCUGGAUUCGGGAACACUGUCGUGCCUGAGCAGCGAGACCUCCAUCCAUGCUCAGGUUUCUGGCUCAGGAGAAGCAUGCUGGCCUCGAGAGUGUAUGGAAGCAAUUGCCAUGCUUCAAACUGAAUCUGGUGGACCCCCUAGUGCCAACCAGCCUUUGCCACUCGUUUUCCUGUGCCAACAGUCAAUGGGCACACGUCAGGUGGCUCCCUGA